ACGACUCCAUGAGCUGGACAGAGGCCCAGAGCUACUGCAGAGAACACCACACAGACCUGGCCAGUGUGAGGAACCAGGCAGAGAACCAGAAGGUCCAGGAGCUGGUUCCAGGAGUAUGGGCUGUCUGGAUCGGCCUUUUCAGAGACUCCUGGAAGUGGUCCGAUGGAAGCAGCUCCUCGUUCAGAUACUGGAAGUCAGGUCAACCUGAUAACUACGGGGGGAAGGAGGAUUGUGCAGCAGCAGAUUUCAGCUCCUCUGGAGGAUGGAGGGACAGGAAGUGUGACCAGAAGUUUCCAUUCAUCUGCUACAGUCCAUCUAAGUGCUUCUUUGAUGAAGGUGAAGACUAUAAGGAGGAUUCUCCCUGUGCCUGCUGUCAUUGAGGGAAUACUGAAGCAGACGUUGAGGAAGAACUCAGGACGCUCAAAGUGAAGUCGGAUCAAUGAUAGGUAUUAUGGUUUUGCCAAAAAUGCUUUCUGUUCAAGGCCAGAGUUUUCAGUUUGUCGACCUCUGGCUGCUCAGUGUGGCAGAACUGUCAGUUACUUUCAGUUGAUUGCUCUGUUCUGAUUGGUCGACUCCACCUGGCCAAAUGGUUGCUUUUAUUGAACUCACGCGAACUCGCGUUGUUUCAUUCGCGUCGCGCGAAACCCGCGAUUCGUGCCGCCGGCAAAAAUUUGCGUCUAUUCGCGUGUUUGCAUUGACUUUGUAUGUAAUCUUGUCGCGCGAAAUAUUCGCUAUGCGUCCGGUCUGAACGCACCGUAAGUGAACAGACAUGGCGUUUCUUCAUAAAACAUGAGACUUUAUAACUUGACCAUACAUUGUCCAAUCUGCCUCAAACUUGCCAAGCAUGAUGAUGGUUCAUCAAUCACCAGUUCUUCAUAACAAUAUUUCAUAAAGUCCCGCCCUUUUUGAUUAGCCACGCCCCCUUUCAUAACUUUUGAUCCGUUUGUGCUAGAGACUUGUAUGAGUUGUCUGUGAACUCAGGACAGAGUCCCUGUUUAACUGCUGAUUUAAACAACGAGAAUCAAGGGCCAGAGGCAAGCACACAAUCAAAAUUUCUUUAGAAAUUUUCUAGUUUUAGUCAUUUUACCUCAAAUAUCUGCUGGUUCCAGCUUCUCCAAUUUAAAGAUUUAAUGUUUUUAUUGGUCAUAUAUGGUCAUAAACUUAUAUUUACUCAUAUGUAAACAAAUAGAGACUGUUGGUUUAUUAAGUUUGAAUUGAUGUGUUUGGGCUGUGGGAAAUUAUAACAGCAAUGUUUUAUUAUUUUUCACAUUUUAUAUGUAAGAUCAUAUAAAUUAGAUUUGACUGGAAAUU